CGUUGAGAAGGCAGCGCAGAGGUUAUAACUACCACCACGGAGACACACGACUUCUGCUACAUGAACUGACGAUUUUGGAGAAAAAUGGGUGACUUUUUGAGACAAUUAGAAGAGGCUUCACAUAUUAUAUUGGCGCCUCCUCACACUGUGAAUCAGGAGCAGAGACAGGCAGCUGAGCACACUAUUCUAGCGUUCAGAAGAGCAUCAAAUCCACUGCAAGCUUGCCAAUUCAUUUUGGAACACAGCAAUGUUGACUACAUCUUGUUCCAGGCAGCCUCAACGGUCAAGGAAGCGGUCAUCAGAGACUGGGCAAUGCUUGACCAUUCCCAGGUGGACAAUGUCCGAAGCUUCCUCCUCAAAUAUGUCACUCACAAACCAGGAUUACCCAGCUAUGUGAGAGAGCAGAUUCUACAAGCUGUAGCAGUAAUCUUCAAACGCGGGACAGUGGAGAGCAAGGAGAACGGCAGGGAAGGUCUCUUUGCUGAUAUUUCACAGAUCAUCACAAGUGGAGAUCCUUCCUUGCAAAUGAUAGCGUGUUCCAUGUUGACUGCCCUCCUCAAUGAAUACUCUGGAUCCACACGAACCAGUGACAUCGGUCUCAGCUGGGAGUUUCACAUACAAUGCAAGCACAUAUUUGAGAUACAUGACCUAAAGAAGGUGUUCAUGUAUGCUGUCCAAAUCCUGCACCAAAUGAUGUCUACAGAGGGGCCUCUGAGUGGUGACACAGCCAAGGUCUUCAGCCGGUUCCUCAGUAUAUGUGAACAGGUCCUGAGCUGGGAGUUCGCUCUCGUUAGACCGGCGAGACGUCGUGUUGGGUCAUUCCAGCCAGUGGACACACCCCCUCUGAGACCCGAUGGUAAAUGGAGAGACCCCCUUCUAGACCAUGGACUUCUAGACCUGUUCUUCAAGAUUCAUGCAAGGACUCGGUUAAAUCCUGAUUCCUGUCACCUCGCCAUGCAGAGCCUAUCCCAGCUAGCUACCCUCGAUGGACCCGUCUUUGCUGACCGCAAGGCCAAGAGUGACUACCUGGCUCAUUUCAUCCGAUGUCUGCUCCAGGCUCUCAAUGGUUCUGAGGUCCAGGACCAUGAAGCCUUGGGUUUCGCCAGCAUCCUCAAUCACCUCGUCACCAAGUUCCCUAUCGAUCUGAUCGCCAGUCAACCUGCAGGUCUUCUCAACUCCUUCGUGGAUUCACUCAAAAGCUUCACGUGCCUGUGCGGCCGCCAAGCAGCGCUGGAAGAAGCGGUAAGUCCUCUUUGUGAGUUUGUUUGUUCGCUUGUUUGUUUGUUUGUCUUUGACUCUGUUUGUUGGUUGUCCGUCUUUGACUCUAUCGAUUGGUUGUUAUAUUUAUUUGAUUGCCAGAAUGUUUAAGUAUGGUUGUUUAGA